AUGACCAUCAGUCCAAUGUUGGUGUUCAAAGGGGAAGGUCUUUUGAACUCUCUAAUUAAUAAACUUCCAGUUGAGCUUCAUAUUCCUGGUUAUCAGUAUUGUGGACCUGGAACAAAACUAAAAAAACGUCUUGCACGCGGAGAUCCGGGAAUUAAUCCUUUAGACGCAGCUUGUAAACAACACGAUAUCGCUUAUUCGCAUCAUACAUCUCUCGAAGAACGUCACAAGGCCGAUAAAGAAUUGGAAGAUAGGGCUUGGGAGCGAUUCAAGUCUAAGGACGCUAGCUUUGGCGAAAAAAGUGCUGCUUUACUUGUAACCGGUGGAAUGAAAACGAAAAGAAAGUUGGGAAUGGGAUGUCCUCGUCGUCGUGGAAGAAAGGGACGUUAUUCUUUCAAUCGGGAUGUGGUACCUAAAAUUGCAAAGUCCAUGAAGAGAGGAGCAUCGUUAAGAGAUACUGCUUUGACAGCUGUACGAAUAGCAAAAUCGGUAAUUAAAAAACUUGGUGGACGAAAAACAGUUGAUCUUCCACGAGUGUUGCCACUAAAAUCUGGAGGUUUCCUACCCCUCAUACCCCUAUUUGCAGGUCUUUCUGCAUUGGGGGCUUUAGCCGGUGGUGCAGCAGGGGUGGCGAAGACUGUGGUUGACGCAAAGAACGCCCAAAAGAAAUUGGAAGAGGAUAUGCGCCAUAAUAAGGCGAUGGAACACAUCGGCUCAGGUCUGUACUUGCGUAAGAAACCAAGAGGCGGAUUCGGUUUGUAUCUGAAAAAAAACUUCCAAUAAAGCUACCCAAUCGUCCGCUGUACGACUUAGAGAUUGCGCAUUACGCGAAAACACUUAAAAUCCCACAUUUUCGAGGUGUUUUCAUGAAUGACACUCUGCCUAGACACGGUCCUCGAAAACGUGAAUGCGCAAUAGUUAAUCUAGAUGCAUCAUCACACAGCGGAACACAUUGGGUAGCAUAUAGAAAGAUAAACAACGACGUAGAGUAUUUCGAUUCAUUUGGUAAUUUGAAGCCGACCAAAGAACUUGUUAAAUAUCUAGGUACACAUACAAAAAUUUUCUAUAAUAACCAUCAGUAUCAAACCUACAAUCAAAUCAUUUGUGGACAUUUAUGUCUAAAGUUUUUAUAUAAUGGAGCAUAUUAAAGGCAUGGAACUGCUUCUGGACCAUAUGUUUCACAAAAAACGUUUUGAAGGAUUCAGUGAAGAAGAACUAAAAUUAAUACCGCUAGAUUAUAUUAUACGAACUGUAGAACCUAUAGAAUUGUUAUAUAUAUGGCAUAAAUUGCCUGGGGAAUAUCGACAAGAAUUUAACCUGCAGAUACUACUUCCCUGCUUCGUGCAUUACAACAGACCUGAUUGGAGGACUCAUUGUGAUGGCCCACCCGGUUCUCAAGCAUCUUGUC